AGAAACAGAAAACAAAGUUUCUACCCAUGUAUCAAAUUCUUCAAAGCAAGUUUUAGGCUUUGUUCAGCCUCACACAAAGUAGGAAGCCCCAAGAACUCUCAAAGCUUCUACAAGAAUAGUUUGAGAGCUCAAACAAGGAAACAAGACAAAGUGAGAAGAGGGAAGGAAAUUGAGGCAUGAAUCGAGGUGUCUUGCAGAGCUCGCCGGUGCAACAAAUGAUCACCGGAAGCCCUAACUGGUGGAACAUUAAUGCCAUGCGCCCACCCGCUCAACAACCCUCACCUCUCCUUCCUUCUCCCACCUCUCUUUUUCCUCAGUAUGCACUACCUCCACCUUCCUCUCUUCCUUUAACAUCUUGGCCGCAUGAUUACCAAGAACUUCCAGAGUCAUGGAGCCAACUACUACUGGGUGGCUUGGUAGGCGAGGAAGACAGAAGUGCUCUAGGUCAUUUUCAGGCUAAGAAGUUGGAAAAUUGGGAAGACCAAUUGCUCUAUCAAUCGCCAAGUAGUGUUCCUUCUGUUGAUGUUAAACAAGAGGUCUCUGAGAAUGGUUACGUAUAUGGUCAUGGAAAUGAAGAAUUUCAGUCUGCGAGGUCUUCUUGGUCUCAAGUCAUGCCUGCUUCCUCUCCAAGAUCCUGCGUCACUAGUUUCAGCAGCAAUAUGUUGGAUUUCUCUAACAGCAAGUCAGAUGGAAAGCAUCAACAACCAGAUCACUCAUCUGAGUGUAACAGCACAGCCACUGGAGGGGCAUUGAAGAAGGCUAGGGUUCAGCCUCCUCCAGCACAAUCUACCUUCAAGGUGAGGAAGGAGAAACUAGGUGACAGAAUAACAGCCCUCCACCAGCUAGUUUCUCCAUUUGGGAAGACUGACACGGCUUCGGUCUUGUUAGAAGCUAUUGGGUAUAUUAGAUUCCUUCAGAGUCAAAUUGAGGCUCUCAGCUCCCCGUACUUGGGUACUGGAUCAGGAAACAUGGGGCAACAGCAGUCUGUUCAAGGGGAGAGGAAUUGCAUAUUUCCUGAAGACCCUGGUCAGUUGUUGAAUGAUAACUGCAUAAAAAGAAGAGGAACUCCUGAGCAGGAUUCUGAGGAUGAGCCGAAGAAAGACCUGAGGAGUAGAGGGCUGUGCCUCGUACCCAUUUCUUGCACUUUGCAUGUUGGGAGUGACAACGGGGCGGAUUAUUGGGCUCCGAGUCUCGGUGGGGGAUUUCGAUAGGUAGUUUUAAUUUGGUCUCUGCAGCCAGCACACAUUAGGGCUUCGUCGUGAGGUGAUGAUAUACCAUCAUGAGCAGUCAAUCUGCUCAAUUUAAGGCUGAUUGCUCAUGAUGCUAUGCAUUAAUUCUAGAUUUAGAAAUGAGUGUGUUAUAAUUAAUCCAGGGUCUCGCUGUUAUCUUAUUACUCAGAUAAGGUUUGUUCAUUUUCAUUCUUCAUCUUCUAGUUCAAUGCUUUUAAUUUUCUGUAUAUGUGCGCAAUUCUAGUAGUAUUGCUGCCGUCUUAAUUGCAACAACUGAUCAUCGGGGAGUAUAUUAAUUUUCUGUUUUUACUGAUCUUUUUUUUUUUCUUCUGAAACAUGGACCCAGAUGGUGGGGAUUGAGUUUAUACAUUUUAAUUCAAUUCCCUACUUAAUAUA